AUGAUUGAUAUUCAAUGUGUGAACACCACUCUUCAACCUGAUUCAAUACUCGUCGAACUUGAAGCUCAAUUGGAUAUUGAUUAUUUUCUCGAACAACGUGUCAUUGAAACUGAUCCUCUUUCCAAUGAAACUACUACUCCGCAACCAUUUAUUUUAGCCUUUCUCAUGACAGAUAAAGGAGUCGAUAUCAAGACCAUGUUACCUGAUGAUACUGACUGGGCACCAGUUGAAACGUUGUGA